UGUCAGAGAGUAAGAAAGCGAAAGAACUUGCAGAUUCAUAUGAAUUGCUGUUAGAAUUGGAAGAACUUGGUAUUGUCGGUUAUACUAAUCAAGAAAUGGCAGAAGAAGCCAAUAAAAAUGCAAGAGUGUAUCUCCGAAAGUUUGAAGAAUUUCAUAGUCCCUUAGAAGAUGUUCCAAGUGUGUUAAUACAGAAAUUCAUUGAUAGUGGUGUAAAGAAAAUUUGGUUUACUGGUGAGGGACUACUAUUAUUUUCGAAUGUCUCUCUUCAACAAUUGCAUGAGAUUUUUGUCAAAAAAUCGGCUAGCAACAAUUAG